GUUUGUUGGCAGGGUGAAGUAGAACGGGGAGAGAGAGUCAAGAAGCGGAUGUAGUCUGAUGACACCGAUCUGGAAAGAAAGAAGAAACUGGAAAUAUUAACGCAAGAAAAGGACUGAAGAUGGAGACUGUACGCAUCAAAGAGGAAAUCCCUAAUCUGGAACCAGACCAAAUAAAGGAGGAAGGCUUUGAACUGGAGUUAGACAACUUUGCUAGUGAUGUUGGUGAACUAGGAUGUGUCCAUGUUGUAGAGGAGGCCAGUGACCUGGAACCUGUCCACAUUAAAGAGGAGGUCCCUGAACUGGAAUUUGUUCAAAUUAAGCCAGACGCACCCGAGCCUGAAACUGUACUCAGUAAUGGGGAGGAAUCUAAAGACAUGAAUUCUAAUGUUGAAGAGACAGGGACUGAACUGGAACCCAUCCAAUGGAAAAACAACAUCCCUCAGCAGGAGGUUCUGCAAGUCAGUCCUCUGUUACAGCGUAGAGAGUCUCAGGUGUCUGUUAGCCAAUUUAAAACCAGAAACAACUUGCAAAGUUCACAUCAGUGCAGCGAAUGUGGGAAGUGUUUCACGCUUUUGGCAACCCUUAAGCAACACCAUCGAAUUCACACAGGAGAGAAACCGUAUGAAUGCACUGAAUGUGGGAAAAGUUUCAGGCAUUUAAAUUGCUUGACAAAACACCAGCGAAUUCACACAGGGGAGAAACCAUAUCGCUGCACUGAAUGUGGGAAGAGUUUUGGCAGGUUAGAAGCCCUGAAAAAUCACCAGCAAAUUCACACAGGCGAGAAACUGUGUCACUGUGCAGUGUGUGGAAAGAAUUUCAGGCUUUUAGACACCCUUAAAAGACACCAACGGAUUCACACUAGAGAGAAGCCGUAUCCCUGCAAUGAAUGUGGGAAGAGUUUUAAUGACUUGGGGAUCCUGAAAAACCACCAGCGAAUUCACACAGGAGAGAAACCGUAUCGGUGUAGUGAAUGUGGCAAGAGUUUCAGGCAGUUAGGAACCCUGAAACAACACCAGCGAACACACAGCGGACAGAAAUCCCAAAUCCUAUCUGUAUAGUUAAUGUGGGAAUAGAUUAUGUUUAAUACUCUAAAACACUGUCAUACACUUGCAUAAAUGUAUUACAUUAAUAAAGCUGUGUUGUAAAUAUAA